ACCGGCUACGUGAGCGACGCUUCAGCGAUUGUUAAAGCGCGUUUAUUCACUCAGUCUCGCGUCUCGUUCUCCGUUGGUUUGUUUCAUUUGUCUUUCUGAUUCGUUUCACUGGUAGGUCAUCGCGUAAGUUGCGCUCGCGUCUACCAUCUGUUGCUGUAAAAGUAGCUAACGUUUAAAUUUCAGUUGGGUAUUUUGUGAAGGAUCUGACCAGCGAUUUUAAUCAUGUUUCCCGAGAGCUCCACUGGGUACAGCUAUGAGGACUGCCAGGCCACCGCUGACUGGCUUCUGUCCCAGACUGCAAUGCGUCCUCUGGUGGGCAUCGUGUGCGGUUCGGGUUUGGGUGGACUGGCCAAUGCAUUGAAAGACCAGGUGGCCUUCAACUACAAGGACAUCCCCAACUUCCCCCAGAGCACAGUGCACGGUCACGCAGGCCGGCUGGUGUUUGGCACUUUGAAGGGUAGAUCGUGCGUCUGCAUGCAGGGACGGUUUCAUCUCUAUGAGGGUUAUCCCAUCCAGAAGAUUACGAUGCCGAUGCGGAUCUUCAAACUGCUGGGUGUGGAGACCGUGAUCCUCACCAACGCUGCUGGUGGUCUGAACCAGGACUAUAAGGUGGGCGACAUCAUGAUCAUCAGAGAUCAUCUCAACAUGCCUGGAUUUGCUGGAAACAACCCUCUGGCUGGACCCAAUGAUGAAAGGUUUGGUGUUCGUUUCCCCUGCAUGUCUGACGCAUACGAUCGAGAGCUCCAGCAGCUGGCGCUCGAUGUGGGUUCGGAGCUGGGUUACAGUGACUUCCUGCGAGAGGGUGUGUACUGUGUUCUCGGAGGACCGUCGUUCGAGACCAUCGCUGAGUGUCGCAUGCUGCACAAACUGGGAGCUGACGCUGUCGGCAUGAGUACGGUUCACGAGGUGAUCGUGGCACGGCAUUGUGGGAUGCGUGUCUUCGCUCUGUCUUUGAUAACCAACACGGCGGUGAUGGACUACAACAGCGAGGAAAAGGCCAAUCAUGAGGAGGUCCUGCAGACGGGCAAACACAGGGCGGAGCAGCUGGAGAGGCUGGUGUCCACCAUAGUCACCCGGCUAGAGCAAAACAACAAUCUCGCUUAAGACUGUUCUCAGAUCAGAUCAGACCAAAGACCAUUUCGGAUAUGGUUUCAAAAUCAGUGUUCUACAGGUCAAUUCCUUUUGGCUCCCACUUAUUUAUGUUUGUUGAAUCUUAUCUUACAGUGGGAGAUGGUUUUAGUUUAUUUUUGGUCGGUGGUAUCUUGCUCCUAUGUAUAAACCCUGUAAACAGGAGAGCGCUUAUUUUUAUUCUAGAAUAAGACAAAUAAUGGUUACAUUCCUCUGAAUGAUAAAACUGAUGUUUAUUAUUUCUAAGUUAAGGUUUACCAUUUGUUACGAUGUCUUAAAUUAAAAGGUGAAUCCUCUAAAACUUUUAUAGCUUUGUAGUAUUUGUCUGGAGAUGUACUGUAAAGGUCUGUCUUAUGUGUUUUAUAACAUUUUAUUAGUAAAAUUGGUUAUUUAUUAAA